AUAACCGCCACACAAAAGAGAGAGAGAGAGAGAGAGAUAAAAGAGAGAAGUGAUGAUUGAAUUUGAAUGGUGUUGUUUGACUGGGUGAAGACUGAACCAUACAUGGCUUCUCUCACUCUCUUCAGCGCCACUACUCUUCACACCAAACAUGGCUUUGGGUUUCAAAGAAUCAAGUUGUUCCCUUCCAAACACCACCGCGUCUUCUCCGUCUCAGCUUCUGCUUCCUCUUCUCCGCUCAAGGCUCUCAUAUUUGACUGCGAUGGCGUCAUACUCGAAUCCUUCUACGAUGAACUUCAGAACCAAAUUGGCGGUGGCAAACCCAAAAUGCGAUGGUAUUUUAAGGAGCAUGGUUGGCCAUCAUCUACCUUGUUUGAGACUCCUCCAACCGAUGAUGAUGAUCGAGCCAACCUCAUUGACACUCUUCAGGAUUGGAAAACUGAGAGAUACAAAGAGAUAAUCAAGUCUGGAACUGUAAAACCCAGACCUGGAGUGUUGAGAUUGAUGGAUGAGGUCAAAGAAGCUGGUAUAAAGCUAGCUGUUUGUUCUGCAGCUACUAAAAGUUCAGUGAUUAUGUGUCUGGAAAACCUUAUAGGAAUUGAGCGCUUUCAAGGUCUUGAUUGUUUCCUUGCUGGCGAUGAUGUGAAGGAAAAGAAGCCUGAUCCAUCAAUAUACAUUACAGCUUCAAAGAAGCUAGGUGUAUCAGAGAAAGAUUGCUUAGUGGUAGAAGACAGUGUUAUUGGGUUGCAGGCAGCAACACAAGCAGGGAUGUCAUGCAUUGUUACCUAUACAUCUUCCACAGCUAGCCAGGAUUUCAGUGAUGCCAUCGCAAUCUAUCCCGACCUAAGUAAUGUAAGAUUGAAAGAUUUGGAACUACUACUUCAAAAUCUGGUAGCAGCUAAAUAAGAGAUAUGGUUCUAUAUGGAAAAUUGUUACUAUUAAUUCAGAUACCUUUUUCUCCAGGGAAAUGGGUUGAAAAUUCAGAUACCUUAAAAUUGUUCAUUGACAGCAGAUGUAUACAUGUGAGAUGUUGUUUUGUGAAAGCAGUUCAUUGUAAGAUGGGGUAAAAACAUCAUAGGCUAUAUAUUUGUAUGGUUCGUAAUAUUCAAUUGGAAAUGUAGGCAGAAAUCAUCUUUGCCAGUUCUUCAUGUUCA